AUGGCAACCAGUGCGCAAGACCGACCAGAGGACGUUGUGGGACCUCGGUGCUGUCCCCAUGUUUUGCGUUCACUGGUGCACUCAAAACACAAGAUGAUUAGCAUGGGGUCAGCAGCUGCACUCAAGAAUCUAGCUGGGCAGCCAUGCCCUGAAAGCCGAUAUCAUGGGAUAGGGCUGUCCAGAGCAGAGACGUCGUGUGUGAUCAAAACCAUUGAGGCCUGUAGAGCGGUUGGGACAGUCGGGAGUCUGGUGGUGACCAGCACACAGUCCGAUAACAUCUUUGACAGGAACAGGACCAUCUGUCAUCGAUCUGGCUCUUUACAGCUGGGUCAAGGGCAGCGUGUCAAGGAGACAGAGGAGAAGCCACAACCAGAAGCUUUGAUGGAACGACUAACACUGGAAGAGACUCCACUCACUUCCGAUCAGCCUGUCAACAAUAGUCUCAAGUAUACCGAGCAGGAAACUCCACCCAUUGCUGACCAGACAGAGCAACCUGUGAACUACAGCCUCAAGUACCCUGAGGAAGCCAACAGGACUACAGUCUGCGCUACGCAGAAGAAGAUACAGAGAAACCCAAGACCUAUUGUACCGAAGGGGACCCCAUAUAAUUUCUCCACUGCUACAUCACUCUCAGAUCUAUUGACUCCAGACACUAAUAAUAAGUCUCUGGAAGCCAAGAGUGGAGGGCUGUCCCCUGUUGGUUCACUCACCCAUGAUGACAACAUUGUCAGCGUCCCUAUACCCAGUCAAGUCAAGGAGGAAAGUAGAGAAGGUAAAGUAGUGACUUUUGAGACUCCCCUCAUGUUUUCUCGCUGCAGCUCACUCGGCUCACUCAGCAGCUGUGAACCUCCAGAUGACAGAAGUUCUGUUGUCAGUGAAUUCAGUCGCAUGACCAGUGGAAUGGUAUCACCCAGUGAGUUACCGGACUCGCCCACCCAGACAGUCCCUCCUAGUCCUCACUGUGUAAAGCCUCCAAUGCCAUUGCCAGUUGUCAAGCCAGUGAGUGUGUUUGAAGAGAGAGUCUCUGUCUUUAAGGAAGAGAGCACUCCUGUACAAUUCUCCACUGCAACCAGCCUCAGUGGACUUGACCUUUGAAGAUGAACAACCGAUGGAACCAGUGAGCAAGAGUGAACUACAGCUCCUGAAACAAGCUCCAUGUGAUCCAACAAAUGAGCUGGCCCCAGUAGAUGAGGAGGAGGAUGAAGAUAUGUUAGCUGCAUGCAUCAACAUCGGCAUGCAGCAUAGUAACAGGAGGAGUGUAGUAGGAAAGGCUACUCCUGUGGUACGUUGUGUACCCACUCAACGCCCCAGUGGCAUCCCCCGCAGUACUGGAAUACCGGUGAAGACACCAGCUGCAAGUCCUGCCAAGCCUGUU